UUAAAAAGGGCGUAGAGAGGAGGAAAGGACCAAAAGAGAGAGUGAAAGUUUAUUAAAGUUAAUAAAAGAUCUGGGCCUUUUUGGGGAACAGGGAAGACAGAGGAAGAGAGAAGAAAACACAAACAACAGUUGGGGCAAAGCAUAUGGCGACGCUUCUGUCAACUCCUCUUUCCAGGCCAACCCUGCUACCACCAUACGCUCCCCAAGUACACUUCCAAAACUCCACCCCACCAUAAUUUUCAUAAUCCAAGGCCACCACCUUAACCUUAACACUACACCCACCACCACCACCAUCUCCACCACCUUCUGCAAUGCUAACGGCUAUUUUUCUCUACCUCUCCUUGCUUCUCUUCGCCCCAACGCUGACCUGCGCCCAGCGGAGCGCCGAUGCCUUGUCUGAAAUCAAAGCCUUGACGGCCUUCAAACUCAAUCUACACGAUCCGCUAGGCGCAUUGGACGGCUGGAACUCGUCGACCCCUUCCGCUCCCUGUGACUGGCGGGGCAUUCUCUGUUACAAUGGCCGAGUUUGGGAACUUCGCUUACCUCGUCUCCAACUCGGUGGCCGACUCACUGACCAACUCUCUAACCUUCGCCAACUUCGCAAGUUAAGUCUUCACUCUAACGCCUUUAACGGCUCUGUUCCUCUUUCUCUCUCCCAGUGCUCUCUUCUACGCGCCGUUUAUUUACAUUACAACUCAUUUUCCGGUGGUCUCCCGCCGGCUCUCACCAACCUCACCAACCUUCAAGUGCUCAAUGUUGCCCACAACUUUCUCUCUGGUGGAAUCCCCGGGAACCUCCCGAGGAAUCUCCGCUAUCUCGACCUUUCUUCAAACGCCUUCUCCGGCAAUAUUCCAGCUAACUUUUCUGUGGCUUCUUCGCUUCAGCUCAUCAACCUUUCGUUCAACCAGUUCUCCGGUGGGGUUCCGGCUAGCAUCGGAGAGCUUCAACAGCUUCAGUAUCUGUGGUUGGACUCGAACCAGUUGUAUGGAACCAUCCCUUCUGCGAUAUCCAACUGUUCAUCACUCCUACAUUUGAGUGCCGAAGACAAUGCGCUCAAGGGUCUGAUUCCGGCAACGCUCGGAGCGAUUCCGAAACUUCGAGUGCUUUCGCUUUCCCGCAAUGAACUCUCUGGUUCGGUCCCUGCAUCUAUGUUCUGCAACGUCUCGGCCAAUCCUCCCACGCUAGUGAUCGUACAGUUGGGGUUUAAUGCCUUCACGGGCAUUUUUAAGCCGCAAAACGCAACUUUUUUCAGCGUUUUGGAGGUUUUGGACCUUCAAGAGAAUCACAUUCAUGGUGUGUUCCCAUCUUGGUUGACAGAAGUAUCCACGCUAAGAAUUCUAGAUCUUUCUGGAAACUUCUUCUCUGGUGUUCUACCCAUUGAAAUCGGAAAUCUCCUGAGACUGGAGGAGUUGAGAGUUGCUAAUAAUUCGCUACAGGGUGAGGUUCCUCGUGAGAUUCAGAAAUGCAGUUUGUUACAGGUUCUUGAUCUGGAAGGAAAUCGAUUUUCAGGUCAACUUCCUCCAUUUUUGGGCGCAUUAACGAGCUUGAAGACGUUAUCUCUAGGGAGAAACCAUUUCUCAGGUUCCAUUCCAGCAAGUUUUCGGAACCUCUCACAGUUGGAAGUAUUGAAUCUGAGCGAAAAUAACUUGAUUGGGGACGUACUCGAAGAGCUAUUGCUUCUUAGCAAUUUGAGUAUCUUAAACCUAAGCUUCAACAAAUUUUAUGGGGAAGUAUGGUCAAAUAUCGGGGACUUGAGUAGCUUGCAGGAGUUGAACAUGAGCGGUUGUGGCUUUUCAGGAAGACUUCCUAAGAGCAUUGGAAGUUUGAUGAAACUUGCUACUUUGGAUUUGAGUAAGCAAAAUAUGUCUGGUGAAUUGCCUUUAGAGAUUUUUGGGUUGCCAAAUUUGCAAGUUGUUGCUCUUCAAGAGAAUCUGUUUUCUGGGGAUGUUCCCGAAGGCUUCAGCAGUUUACUUAGUAUGCGCUAUCUGAAUCUAUCCUCUAAUGCCUUUUCCGGCGAGGUUCCGGCUACCUUUGGAUUUCUUCAGUCCUUAGUUGUUCUCUCAUUGUCUCAAAAUCAUGUUUCCAGUGUAAUUCCAUCAGAGCUUGGUAAUUGUUCUGAUCUGGAAGCACUUGAGCUCCGGUCCAAUCGAUUGAGCGGUGAAAUCCCCGGUGAACUCUCUCGUCUAUCCCAUUUGAAGGAACUCGAUCUGGGUCAGAAUAAUUUGACAGGUGAAAUCCCAGAAGAUAUAUCUAAGUGCUCCUCUAUGACUUCCCUGCUGCUGGAUGCCAAUCAUCUUUCAGGCCCCAUACCGGAUUCGUUGUCUAAAUUAUCAAAUCUAACAAUGCUGAAUCUGUCUUCAAACAGAUUCAGUGGAGUCAUUCCAGUGAACUUUUCAGGCAUCUCUACCUUGAAAUACUUGAACCUUUCACAGAACAACCUGGAAGGAGAAAUUCCUAAAAUGCUGGGUUCUCAAUUUACAGAUCCUUCAGUUUUUGCAAUGAAUCCAAAGUUAUGCGGAAAGCCAUUGAAAGAGGAAUGCGAGGGCGUGACCAAGAGAAAAAGGAGGAAACUGAUUCUUUUAGUUUGUGUGGCUGUUGGUGGAGCCACCCUUCUGGCAUUGUGUUGUUGUGGCUAUAUUUUCAGUCUAUUGCGUUGGCGUAAGAAACUUAGAGAAGGGGCAGCCGGGGAGAAGAAGCGGAGCCCAGCCCCAAGCUCUGGAGGAGAAAGAGGCCGUGGGAGCGGUGAAAAUGGAGGGCCAAAACUCGUUAUGUUCAACAACAAAAUAACCUACGCGGAAACAUUAGAGGCAACCAGACAAUUUGACGAGGAAAAUGUCUUGAGCAGGGGAAGAUAUGGACUUGUAUUCAAGGCCUCUUUCCAAGAUGGCAUGGUCCUAUCAAUCCGCCGCCUUCCAGAUGGGUCCAUCGAAGAGAACACCUUCCGUAAAGAAGCAGAAUCACUGGGCAAAGUGAAGCACAGAAACCUAACAGUCCUACGCGGCUACUAUGCAGGACCACCGGACGUCAGGCUCCUCGUUUACGACUACAUGCCUAAUGGAAAUCUGGCCACCCUGCUCCAGGAAGCCUCUCACCAAGAUGGGCACGUCCUCAAUUGGCCAAUGCGCCAUCUGAUUGCACUUGGCAUUGCCCGUGGCCUAUCCUUCCUCCACUCAGUUUCAAUGGUUCAUGGAGAUGUGAAGCCACAAAACGUCCUCUUUGAUGCGGAUUUCGAAGCCCAUCUCUCUGAUUUCGGGUUAGACCGAUUAACCAUACCAACCCCGGCUGAACCUUCCUCCUCCACAACCCCAAUUGGGUCACUAGGCUAUGUUUCACCGGAGGCGGCAUUGACCGGAGAAGCUGACGUGUACAGUUUCGGAAUCGUAUUGCUAGAGAUAUUGACAGGUAGGAAACCAGUGAUGUUCACACAAGACGAAGACAUUGUAAAAUGGGUGAAAAAACAGUUACAAAGAGGUCAAAUUUCAGAAUUACUGGAACCGGGGUUGCUGGAAAUCGACCCGGAGUCAUCUGAAUGGGAAGAAUUCUUAUUGGGGGUGAAAGUUGGGUUGCUAUGCACAGCACCCGACCCGCUUGAUAGACCCUCCAUGUCAGACAUCGUAUUCAUGCUUGAAGGUUGCCGGGUCGGACCAGAUAUUCCAUCCUCAGCUGAUCCAACCUCCCUCCCCUCCCCCGUGUGAAGGAAGCCAAUUAGUUGUUUAAACAAAUUUCCAUUUUUAAUUCUAACUUGAAUUUACA